AUACUCAAUCGUGGCAUUCAUCAGUUCCUUAACAAUGGUUGCUGAUAUAGACUGCAGGAACGAGAUAGUGAAUUAAAAGAGGUAAUCACAGAGGAAAAGAUGGCUUCCUUGAGUUCUUUCAUGGGUUGGUUGCUUGGAUGCAUGUUUAUCAUUGCAGCUCUACUUCAGGGAGCGGAUGCUAAGACAACUCACACUGUUGGAGGUAGUAUAGGAUGGACUAUUCCUCCUUCUAACUUCUCAUAUGAAACAUGGGCUGCAUCACAGACGUUCAUGGUUGGCGAUUACCUAUUUUUCGAUUUCACAAGUACUACUACUAAAGACGACGUGGCAGAGAUCUACUCAAAGGCUGAGUAUGAAUCCUGCAACAAGACGAGCCUCCCUAUUACUUUGGGAUCAUCAGUAAGCAUCCUUAUUAAUACUGCAGGAGAACACUACUACUUCUCCACCAUUGGCCAAAACUGUGUAAAGAACCAGAAGCUGGCAAUCAAUGCUUCUGGUACUCCCAUCUCCUCACCAUCUCCACCCAGUUCGGCAUCUUCUCUCACUGUUGGCGGCUUUACUCUUCUUCUGCUAUCCACUAUCAUCGCUUUCUUUUAUUAGAAUGUGUUGUACAUUGCAAUAUUUAGAGCAGAUUUUCUGUCUCAGUUUUUCUUUGCAUUUUCUUUAGCCCCUUUCAUGGGCGUACAUAUCACAUUGAAAUUCAAUAUUUAAUAAACCUUUGGUGUGAAUUUUAUUGGUUUUUU